GCUCGCGCCUGGAGCAGGUAACAGCACAACCUGUUGAUCUUUGUGGAGGCAGACAGCAGGAGUUCUGCGCAUGCGUGAGCGCCUGGAGCCCUGCAUCAACUCGCUAUAUGAGACCGGGAGCGGAUACAGAUGCAGAUUUCUUGAACAGCCGCACGAAUGGAUGGAACCGAAACGAACCAGAGAAACCGCGCGAAAAUGGAGCAACAGAAGAUGUUAGAUUCCGGAGGAAACCAAAGUGGAUCUAAGGACAGAGUGACUCUUAAAAAAGAAAUUGGUCUCCUGAGCGCGUGCGCCAUAAUUAUAGGCAACAUCAUUGGCUCAGGGAUCUUCAUUUCUCCAAAGGGGGUUCUAGAUCAUGCAGGCAGUGUGGGGUUCUCACUCAUCGUGUGGGUUCUAGGAGGAGGGAUCUGUGCCUUGGGAUCUCUUUGCUAUGCCGAGUUGGGCGUCACCAUCCCCAAAUCAGGUGGAGACUACUCAUACGUAACUGAGAUCUUCGGGGGACUGGUGGGGUUCUUGUUGCUGUGGAGUGCUGUGUUGAUUAUGUACCCAACGACUCUGGCUGUGAUUGCGCUCACCUUCUCCAACUAUGUGCUGCAGCCUGCCUUCCCUAACUGUCUGCCCCCAUUCAUCGCCACCCGGCUUCUCUCAACCGCCUGUGUCAUGUUCCUGACUUGGGUGAACUGCUCCAGUGUGCGCUGGGGGACACGGAUCCAGGAUAUUUUCACUGUGGGGAAACUGCUGGCCCUUGUCCUCAUCAUUGUAGUGGGAAUGAUCCAGAUUGCCAAAGGACAUUAUGAUGCAUUGGAGCCCCAGACAGCAUUUGAGUUCAUAAAGGAUCCUUCAGUGGGGCAGAUUGCUCUUGCCUUCCUGCAGGCUUCAUUUGCCUAUAGUGGAUGGAACUUCCUGAACUACGUCACUGAAGAGGUGGUUGAGCCUCGCAAGAACCUUCCACGUGCAAUCUACAUCUCCAUCCCCCUGGUGACGCUCGUCUAUACUCUCACCAACAUUGCGUACUUCUCCUCCAUGUCCCCUCAAGAGCUGCUGGAGUCAAACGCUGUCGCUGUGACAUUUGGAGAGAAGCUGCUAGGAGUGUUCUCCUGGGUGAUGCCCAUCUCUGUGGCUCUUUCCACCUUUGGGGGGAUCAACGGAUACUUGUUUACAUCUUCCAGGUUGUGUUUCUCAGGCGCCAGAGAGGGUCACCUGCCCUACCUGCUGGCUAUGAUCCACCUUAAGAGCUGCACACCAAUUCCUGCCCUACUCGUUUGUUGUACGGCGACCAUAGUGAUCCUGUGCAUCGGGGACACGCAUAACCUGAUAAACUAUGUGUCUUUUAUAAACUACCUUUCAUAUGGAGUCACUAUAGCUGGGCUGCUGUACUACAGAUGGAAGAAACCCAAACUGGUCAGACCCAUCAAGGUAAACUUGUUGGUCCCUUGCAGCUAUCUAGUGUUUUGGGCAGUGUUACUGGGCUUCAGUCUGUACUCGGAGCCAGUGGUGUGUGGUAUGGGGCUGGUGAUCAUGCUCACUGGAGUACCCAUCUACUUCAUUGGAGUGCAGUGGAAAAACAAACCACACUGGAUUUCCAGUGCCGUGGAGAGAGUCACCUAUCUGGGGCAGAGGUUGUUUUAUGUGGUCUUCCCUCAGGAUGAUCCUUCUGAAAUACAGCCUCUUACAGAGAAAUCAGAGCUGUGAGUGUCAGCAGAGGACUCCUCGCACUGCUUUUUGGAAUAGCAAAGACCUGUUUUCCAUCCGUUAUUGAGUGUUUUCCCUGUCUGAUGCUGUAUGUGAGGAGAUGCUUCCCAGAAGCUCCUCUGAGACUCAGCCAUCGUAGCAGAAGAAACAGAAGUUUUAUGUUUUCUUGCUCAGACAUCACAUUUCUUAGUUGUAACUGUUCUCCCCUCACAUACAUGUGUCUGGACCUCACCUUGUAAUUGCACCCUCCUCCUGUCCUGUCGGAGAUGAAUUUCCAUGUCCUCUUCAUGUUUUCCAUGGGAGUUGUUUGUUUUUUUGAAAACUGUUGGUGUAUUCUCAUGUGCCUUACAGGAUCUCACUCUGUUUUUGAGGUUUUUAUCUUUACUUUAAGUAGACUUUUUAUUGAUCCCCUAUAAGUGAGCAAAAGGGGAAUUGUUGAAGACUGUUUACCUCUUAACCCAGUCUGAAAACUAAACUCCAUCUGUGAGUCUGAACUUUCUCACCUAGGCCUCAUCUUCUAGUCCUCCUAAUACUUGCUUGCUCAGGCAAAAACGUAAUAACGUCUAGCUAUGCUCAAAAUGUCUAUGCAAGGAUAGUGUAGGCACUUUAAUGUAGUUGCAUAUUUUUAGCUCAUAUUGCACGAUAAACUUAUUGCUAUGCUUCCUGAAUAAGCAGCAAUCUGCUACCACUGUUUAACAGAGGCUCUGCCCCAGCACUUAUUAACACUGCCAGCCUCUUAGCCUUAUGCUAAUGAUAGGAACCAUGGGAUGUUCCAAGUCCGUUCUUCUUGGAUAACGUUAUUUACAUAAAAGGUGCUUUACAUAAAAAAAA